GUCCCGCCGCGCCGAGAGCCGGCCGCGUCAUACACAGUAACCACAUCUCGUUGCUCGUAACAACAACAUACUUCGCCUUUUGUGUUAUAAAAAGUGGUUUACGCUAAACAAACAUGUAAACGCUCCACAUUUACACUUUCAAACUUACUUAACCCGUAUCGGUUAAAUCGAGGCCAAUCAGUGAAAUAUAAAAGUGUUUACAAUAGUUACAGUGUUUAAGUCGUUUAAGUCUGUGGAAUUUGUGAUUCUAUAAAUAGAUGUCUACGUUACCGUACAGCUGUGAGUCGUGAUUACGAUUGUGGCAUUAAAAUCCAUGUAUGCAAGCUGAAUAAGUUACGAUGUAAACAAAGGAGAGGAUUGAUAAGUUUGGCGACUUCUUUCUAGGCGACACUUUAGUGUUGCUCAAACAUGCCCGACAUGUUGGGUUGGUGUUUGGUCGCCUACCUCCUGGUUAUAUCAGAUGCUCAACAAAUAAGCGGUCCUAUUAUUAUAUCACCUAACGAAAUAUUACUACAAAAUAAACAAAACUAUACCAUUCACUGUAAAGGGAAAAGGCCAAUAAAUUUUACAAUACAAGAAGCGGCAGAGGACGAAGACACGGAUUUUAAAAAGAUACUGCGAAAGGUGGCUCCGUCCGAUAACGAGUACGAGUACGAAAUAGCGUUAGAUUUGUUCAGCGUGGAUCCCUUCGCUGUAGGCUACUACGCCUGCCACGACGAUCAAGUCGACCCGUCGCAAAUAUUUACCGAUCUGGUCGAGGAACCGACCAACAAUGAACACAUCUCAUAUACGUACGUCUACGUGAAUGAUCCCCAAAAUUUAAUAGCGCCAAUGAGAGAAAUCGUUUAUGUGGUGAAACCUGGUGCCAAGACAAUUAUUGAAUGUAGACCCACGUUUCCUGACGUACAAGUUAAUUUAACUAUGAAGAAUGAGACACAGCAGGUGAAAUCGAAUCAAAGCAAGAUAGUCAGAAUAAACAAGAUUGGGUUUUUAGUGAGAGUUCGUAAGACUGACACUUACAGUUACACGUGCGAGGGGCGUCGCGGCAACUAUGUCUCGCGGAAAACUGCCUACAUUCAUUUGCGUCUACCUACUGUUUCAAAUGAUGCGGUGAAACCGCAAAUAGUAACCAGAGAUAAUAGAUUCCUUGCGGGUGAGACAAUAUUUAUGAAUUGUACUGUCAACUACACUGUAAACAAUGCGAUCUCGCUGAGAUGGAUAACUCCACGGCCUUUGUCUGAGGAUGAUGUGAAGUCCAAUGAAUAUGAAAUCCAUACCGACAUCCUAUACAGAGCAAUUUGGGUUAAAAAUGCAAGUGAAAAAGACGCUGGAGAAUAUAUUUGCGAAGCGAGAAAAGGAAUCAGUGACAUAUCGACCAAUACACAGAAGAUGAUAUAUCUUAAGACACCAUAUUUGAAACUCAAACGAUAUGGGCCAGACAGGGCGACCACAUCGAAUCCACAGUUUAAGUUUGCUUUUGAAAUCGACGGAUACCCACCACCAGAAUACAAAUUUAUCAAAAAUAACAACACGAGAAUUAAUAAUGGCACUAAGUACAAAAUAGAACAAAACAAAAAUAUAAAAAUAUUACACGUGUUAAUUGUUAAUGAUGUGGACAUUACGGACACAGGAGAUUACACAGUGGAGGCAACUAAUGCUAACGGUACACAAAGACUGACCAACCAUUUAAAUGUGAUGGAUGUUCCCCGAGUCUCUUUCCAUCUAAGUGAAGGAAGAAAAUUAAAAGGACAACUAAUUAAAUUGGUGUGCGAAGUGACUGGCUAUCCAUUACCAAACGUCGAAUGGUCUUUUAUAGACAGCCAAUCAAAUAAAGAACUCGACACUCCUUUAGAAGGUACCGUAAUAGAAGAAUCCGAAUAUAAAAUAGUUUCUACACUUGAUUUACCAGUUCAGUCCCCGGGCACAAUCAUUUGCAGAGCAUCGAAUACCCAAGGGGAUGACCAGAAAACUAAAACCCUUCUUGUUGACGAGAUAGAAGGUGGUUUUGGUAUUGAAAAUGAGGGAAAAGAAGUAAAGGAAGUCUCUGAAGGGGAUAGUAUAAUUUUAAGAUGUCUGGCCUCCAGGUAUGACUUCACGUCUGUCCAAUGGCAUGGUCCGAACGACGAAGAGAUACCAGGAGCCGUCUUCGAACAUUCAACAAACGCAAUGUCACUUGUCGCAAAAAUGGAAAUAAAUGACGCAUUAAUAAGUCACACCGGCAAUUACUCAUGCGUUGCAUACAACAAUGUAACUAGCGAAGAACGAACAGCAACCAUCUCCGUUGUAGUUGCAGGCCUUCGCGCAGCAUCAAUAAAAGUGCCUGCUGAAGAUAUUACCGAGAAAGAGGUGAUACCAUUUAAUGAUGUGACACUCACAUGUAUAGCAGAGGCUAUUCCUCCGCCCGUUAUUACGUGGUACAAGGACGAAAUUGAGAUAGGGAGCAGUAAUGUUAUCACACGUUCGUUGAAUUAUAGCACAGUCAAUUCAACCUAUACAUUCAAGCAAAAUGGUACCGAUGAUUCAAUUUACGAAUGUGUGGCUACAAGUGGUACAUCUAGGGUUUCGAAGAUGUACCAGGUUAUUGUAACGAUGCUCAAGUCACGGUUCAAAUGGGAAUACCUCAGCAUCCUAGUAGCCAUAAUGUUGGCACUGGUGCUACUGGUGCUGUACUUAUGCUGGAGGAUUAAGAAAGAGAAGCGAUUCAGAAAAGAGUUGGCGGCCGCUGGCCUGCUGUACUUCAAGGAGGGCGCGCCCAAAUCGCUCAACCCAGAGCUUGGCAUCGAUGAACAGGCUGAGUUACUGCCCUAUGACGAUAAAUUUGAGUUCCCAGUGGAAAAAUUGAUCUUGGGGCCCCAGUUAGGUGCGGGCGCAUUCGGUGUGGUAUACAAGGCGGAAGCACGCGGUAUUAUCAACGCGGAAGACAGUACCACUGUCGCGGUGAAAAUGGUGAAGAAAACUGCCGACAAUAUCUACAUCAAAGCGCUCGCUUCCGAACUCAAAAUUAUGGUGCACCUGGGGAAGCAUAUCAACAUUGUCAAUUUGUUGGGCGCGUGCACCAAAAACGUUGGAAAACGCGAGCUGAUCGUGAUCGUGGAGUUCUGCAAGUUCGGCAACAUCCACAACUACAUGCAGCGGCACCGCGACGUCUUCAUCGACCAGUUCACCGACAGCAAGGAGAAGGCGCAGGGCAACGUCAACCGCGCCUUCUCAUGCAGCGGGGGCGACAGCGGUAUGACAUCGGAUUGUUUGAAUACGAAUCAGACGCAACAAACGGACCACACGUUCCUCAACACUGCGGCCAGUAAUCGCUCAGGAAGACUAGACAAGCCUAAACCACAGUCGGAAUUUGAAAAAGUAUCGGAGUCGGGCUACGUGCAGCCAGAGUGGCGGUCCAACUACGAGAGCGACUACGUGUACGAGGGUCGCAAGCCGCGGCCGCUUACUUCGCGAGACCUGCUGGCCUGGGCCUUCCAGAUUGCGAGGGGCAUGGAGUACCUAGCCAACAUGAAAAUCCUCCACGGAGACUUAGCUGCCAGGAACAUAUUACUAGCUGAAGAUAACGUCGUCAAGAUUUGCGAUUUCGGCUUAGCUAGAAGCAUUUACAAGAACGACGAAUACCAGAAGAAAGAAAACAGUCCCUUGCCAGUGAAGUGGCUAGCCAUAGAAUGCAUGACGGACCGCAUAUUCUCGACGCAGUCGGACGUGUGGUCGUUCGGCAUCGUGCUGUGGGAGCUGUUCUCUCUCGCCAAGACUCCGUACCCUGAGAUCAACCCACAGGACCUACUGCAGCGGCUACAGGAAGGCCAUCGCCUCAGCAAGCCGCCAUACGCGGAUGACCGUCUGUAUCGUGUGAUGAGGUCGUGUUGGGAACAGCGGCCCACCAAGAGACCUACCUUCACUGAACUGCAGGAGACCAUCGGGUCAUUCUUAGAGGAUAACGUGCGUAAUCACUACGUAGAGCUGAACCAGGCUUGCGCCGAAACGAACGAGAACCGCGUCGGAGAGAACUACUUGGUGCAAGUGUGCGCGCCCGACUACAACAACCAGGUGACGCCGAGCCCGCACCACUACGCCAACGACGCCAGUGGCUUCUUCUUCGGCGUCACUCCGACGCCGACCCCGGUGCAGUUGCAACACGAUGACGAGGGCUACCUAGCAAUGACACCGGCAUCUAACCAGAACGUAUUUAGUCCUCGGACCGGCUCGACGUUCGACUUCGACUCACGCAAGCUCAACGGGCGCUCCUCUGCCGCCAGCCAGGGCUCGGAGCUGACCCCCAUGCUCUCCCUCAGCCACCUCAGCGCGCGCAGCGGCUCCGACUCCGACCACGAGGGCGCCACUUCCCCCUACCUCAAUAUGAUCCCCCGCAUCGAGGAGGAAACCGAUGAGGUAUUUGAAUUAGAAACUAAGAAGAAUAAUCUCAAAAACUCACAGAACAACGCUGUGACUAAUCCGACGUACAUCACUUUCCCGUCGCUAGACAAGAAACCAAUAGCUUCUAACAAUUACGUCAAUGUUAAUGGAAAUGGCCUAGUCAAGUGAAGUUGAACUCGUUAUAUUUACUUAUAAUGAGAUCAGUAGUUUUUUUUUAACAUUACAUACAUUCCGCUUGCGACAGCACUCAGUGCAACAUUACUAGUGACUGCAUUGCUGCAGGGAAUUUCAAUUAUCCAGUACCUACGUCGAUACCUAUUGAUGUUGACAUUUCCUGCAGUCGACAGUAAAGCUGCGCUACAAUACUAUCGCAAUUGAAAUGUAACCUUAAGAGUAUAGUGGAGGACCGCUUCACGGUCGUCCACUUUCCUCUUAAUGCAAUUCCCAAGUGAUGAAUUGUGUAAAUUUAUAAUCCAAAUCCCACCGGCUCGGAGUACCUAACGCUUUGUACAGUCAGCAUUGAAUUUCGCUUUGACCGUAACAAUUUAUUUGAUACUGCGCCAAAAUAAUAAAAAGUAGAUUAUAGCCUAAGGUACAUACGAUAAGUCAUAUCUACUCAUUUGUUAUUUGAUUUGCUUUAGACAAAAAUAUAAUGUUAGUUAUAGAUAUUGCAAAUGGGUUGUCUAAUUCAUUGCUAAUGAGCUAACAAGAGAUUGAAAACGGGUUGUAAGUUUUAAAUUUAGGGAAAAGAUUAACGUACAUAUUAACCUUAAUUUGCACCUUGUUGUAAAAUCGAAAUAAAUAAAACAAUGAAAUAUUAUUAUAAAUUUAGUCAUUUUACAUUUCUGAAAAAAAAAAGAAUUGAGAACUGAAAUAAAAAUACAUAUCUAUUUGCCUUUUUUUAUUAAAUUUAAUGCCAUAAUAAAGAAAUUUAAGCUUUUAAAGUUAACCAUUGCAGAUAUUUCAAUACAAGUAUACACUCUCACCGCCUUUUUCCCCACUAGGUUUAGCUGCAACCCAUGUGCAAUCGCUUUAAGUACCUAUAUAUUUUCCGACAUACAGCUAUGGUAUGAAACAAAUAACAGAUGAGUAUAGGAACUCAUAAAACAGAUCGAUCACUAAUUAUUUUUUCACCACACCAUCUCGGAAAUGCUUACUUUGCACUUCAAAAACGGAUAGCAAAGUUGCACUUUGCUAUCAGUAAUUCACAUGAGAGGCAAAGUAAUCAAAUGCAAAUUUUGAGUUGUUUUCUUAUGUUUGCUGGUCGAAUUGACUUUUAAAUGAUGAUUUUGGAUGAUAAAUAUUUAAUAACAUUUAUUAGAAUUUGAUUUUGUUUGAUAUUUUACAUUUAAUAUUUGCUUUGAGUUGGGGUGGUGUAAAAUUUUGUGUUUCACUCGGGGGUAAAUUAUGUUUAACCCUCGUGCUUUGAAACCCUCCUCACAACGCUCAAGAUUCAAUUUUUCGAACCACUCGCUACGCUCGUGGUUCAAUUUUGGAAUCUUUCGCUUGCUCGGGUAUCAAUAUUAGCACGAGCGGUUAAACAACAACUUUGCCCCCUUGUAAAACAAAUAACUAUUUCACUUAUCUAAUUGUCUAGGUGUAAAUGAAAACGUCAUACUAUUGUUUUCUAUUCGUACACAUUAGUGGCCAGUAUUUUUGCCGCUGCCGAACCUAUGUAUUAUGAUCAUGUGUACAAGGUUUAUGACUGCCUUAACAAGUUCUAUCGGUAUUACUGCAUGUAGUUAACUUUCAUUUUCUUUUUUCUUGAAAGUUAAUUGUACUCUUGAAAUUAAUUUUUCUUUGUUUGCAAUCUUAUUUUCAGUGCCUUGACCUUUUUGUCUGUCUAUUAUUUUUUUAAGUUUUAUCUUCCGAAUUCUAAAAUCGUAUGUUUUGAGCUUAUUGUACCUAAUUAUUUUUGUUUAAGAACCAAAGUUAAAUUAAUUUAGAAGGAACUGUAUUGCAAAGCAAAUAAUUAUGAAUUAUUUUUGUUACAUUUUAAUAAAUAGGAUUUUAAUUGAAUGUAUUAAUAAGAGAGUUUGACACGAAAUGUAUGGAACAAAUUAGCAUGCUUAAGUGCUUAAUUAUCUGAGCAUGGAACUGAAUGAUUAAUUUUAAUAAUGAUUAUAAAAACGUAACCUUCGCCGUUGUCGUUACUUUUCGUACCCUGAGGUCCUACCGUGAAAAACGAAAUUUGAUUAAUUACCUGCUUCUCUAUCGCUCCAAUAUGCAAGAUCGAUAGAAUGGCAGAAAAAGUUUUUAUAUUUUUCUAUGAUGGCGGUAGGCCCUCCGAUCUAUGGCUCUCUUUUAUUUAAUUUUGAUUUCCCUACAUAGAGGCGUGGGUAUGGUCAGAAGGAUAGGUUAACUGAGCUUGAUCAAUAUCCUGCACUGUUAUAUUAUGGUGAUCUCUUCUGAAUAUCCAUAGUCCAGUCGCCAUCAUAUAUAUCGGAGCGGCCAAGGUGCUCACAAAUAUCUGAGCACGCCUUUAUUGUCAAGGCGUUAGAGUGCUUGUUCAGAUAUUGUGAACAUCUUGGCCGCUCCGAUAUAUCUGAUGGCGACUGUCCAACUAGACUAGCCUCCUAGAUUCCAUGUGUGAUGCCGGUAUUUAUUUAGUUACGAGUGAGCUGAUAGCCAAAUUGAUUUCUCUGAUUAUGAUUCAUUGAUUAAAAAAAAAACUUAUUCCGCUCAAACUUCAGUAGUACUUAUUAAAUGUACAACAUUUUACAUUACAUUUACGUUACAGAUUUAAAUAUUUUAUUAUAAUUAAGUUGUUAUUGAUAUUGAUAGUUUAUAAGCGCUCUUGUUAUUUUUAAGGACAUCGUCUAGUCGUUAGGUACAGUAAAUGGUAGUCAUAUUAACCAAAUCCACCACGCUUAUUGAAAGUAAAAGUUUAUUGGGGCCUUCAUCUCAUGCGCCAUGUGGGAUAUUAAUGUAUUUGUGUGUGUUAUCCAUGGAUUUGAUUUACAUAUUGUUGUAUCUACAGUAACCAUCAGAUAUGUCAGUGCGGCCUGCGCUUCAGCGAAAAUAUCGCCACACGCACUCUAGCGCCAUAAGAGCUCAAUAUCAACGUGCACACUAGCGCCACUGCUAAAAAAUCGUGAUUAUUUAGCAGUGGCGCUAGUGUGCACGUUGAUGGGCUCUUAACAACACAGGCACGCUCAGAUAUUUGUGAGCUCUGAGAUAUUUGAUGGCCACUCACAUCGCAUAAGCCUUAAUAGAACGUUAAUUCAGCUACAAUGCAAUUAUUUUUUUUGUGAUAUAUUUUAUAUGGGUUAAUUUACGUGAAUGGAUUCACUUAAAUUGUGGGUGAAUUAAACUACUUAACCAUAUUUAAGGUACAUUUACUAUUAAAGUCAUAAUACAACCUGUAAUAAUAGGGCGCCAUAUUAUCGAUGUGAUUAUGUAUUUUGCGUAAUUAAAGUGGUAUAAAAGAGA